UGUCCUCCUUUCCUGGUGCAGCCUGGGAAGAGGGAAGGGAAUGGAGCUCAUCAGGGUAAGUAGCCGGAGCUCCCUUAGCUCUCUCCUAAUUGCCACCUGUCCUUGACGGGACAUUCCAGGACGGAUUGAGAGCCGGUGUGGGUCAUCGGCUGCUCAUGCGAGGGCUGAAGUGCUGAUUUGUCCUCGGCGUCUGGAGCGCUCUGAUGGGAGGCAGUGCCGGCUCCGACUGGGACUGGGGAUGCUGAGUGGAGGGAGGGAGGGGCUGUUUGAGCUGGGACAGCAGCUCCAGCAGCAGGGGGAGUACCAGGCUGCCCUGCACUGCUUUCUCAGCUGCCUGCUUGGACUGACCCAUGUGCAGAGCUUCACCUCUUUACCCAACUGCCUUCACCAGAUUGCAGAACUUUUCAUCACGGAAAAGAAUUAUGGGAAGGCCCUCCAGUUCAUCCAGGCUGAAAAAAUGUUCUACGAGGUGGCAUUGAUCGAGCUCACGGCUCUUCACGGGAGCACAGGGCCCCAGGAGGAGGCUUCACUGGGCUCGGCAGGAUGGUCGACCCCAGAGGAGCUCUCGGAGAAGGCGUCACAGGCACACCACCUCGAGCGGCUGGCCCAGCUCUGCAUCAUAAGCAAACAACCUCAUCUUGCACUGGAGUACAGUGGUAAAGCUGCAAAAAUCCACCAGAGGGCCUUUGGUAACGACCACCCAAUAACUGCCAGAAGCCUGGAGCUCAUGGCCACAGUCUAUGCCGAGAUUGGCAAGACUGAAUAUUCAGACUCUCUGGGUCAGCGUGUCUCCGCACUCUCCAAACGCUUCGCUGCUGUCGAGUCCAUCAGGGACACAGUCAACGGUUUUCCGCCUUCACAUCAGGAAAAACACUCAGAGGUUCGUCACAGAAAGCACUUUGACUACCAACAGGAUGACAAAACAAAAGACAAGUUAAUCAAUGGAAAAAUCCCCACAUCUAUCCUCAAGAAGCCAAACCCCACUUGUGUGUCCGACACAGAAGCCACCCAAAGACGGAAAGGCGAACGGAGGGUUCGAUUCCGGGAGCCGGAAACCACAGUGCAUGCCUAUGAGACGACCCCAUCUCGCCCUCACCUGUUCUUGUUCACCUGCCUCUUCCUGAUGAUGUCCUUCCUGGGCGUGGCCAUGUACUGCACAGACCGGAGGCAUCCACAGCGAGCGUGUGAGCAGCUGCAGGCCGCUCUGGCUGUCUACCUCCUUCACAUGAAGCAACUUGUGUGGGGUUGUUGGAUAUGGCUGACGAUGCAGUGAUGGAGACCAACCACAGGAGGGGACAUAUCGGGUACAUCUUUUGUAGUGAAACACAUGGCUCCCAUUCAUUGAAUAUCCUUUAUAUCGAUUUUAAGGUCCAUGGACGUGUACACUCUAUUUUCAUAUUCAGCCGCAGCACCAAUUUUGGCAGACCCUGUUUUUUGUAUCUCACUGCAUGCCAAUGUAAGUGGGCCGGCACAGCAGCAAGUGUGUCGUGUAGAUAAGCCUGGUGGAGUGACAAUGUGAUGACAGAAAGUCUAUCUAAAUCUUAAUCCUUCGCAGAAUUGUCUAAGUGCGGUGCAAGGUAGGUCUAAUUCAUGAAUAAGUGAACAACAAGUAUCAAAACUUCUAAAUCAUUGUUUGAUAUCUUUGAGAUUAUCCCCCUGGGCAAUUUAAAUCACCUGUGACCACUCCCACAACGGCGCUGCACUCCCUUUGCAGAUCCGCCAGCCGACAUUCAUCUGAGAAAUUUUCAACAUCGGGUUUUAACCUGCCUCUGUGCAGAAUUAUGGCCCUACUUGUAGUACUGUAAUUUUGGCUCACUUGUAGUAGCAUGUAGUUGUACUAGUUUGCCAAAAUUGUUUUACUAGUGUGCAAAUAUGUCACACAGAAAUGGAAAAUAUUUUACUAGUAAGACAGUCUACUAGUGUGCUAAAUUGACCUAAUAGCGAAGGCAGAGAGCAUCCUGCACGGUCAUGGACCUUAAACUGGAUAUAAAAGAUAGCGAAUGAAUGCUCAAGCACCGUUUCAUACUGCUCACGUGUUUACUUAAUGCGUACAUUCACGCUUCAAUAGGGUCACUACAGCUUUUCGCUUCUAUUCUUAAAUUUUGCACAUAUUGCCUGCCACACUCGAUUCCUCGGCUGCCCUCGACCUAUUGUAUGUAUUGUAUAUGACUUACAUUGAAUGCAAGUAUUUAUUUUUGUACAGUAUGCAAUUUGUGUGUCUGAUAUGAUAUUUAAUGUGUUUGCGCAAUACACUAACAAAUAUAAUAUUCGCCUUUAUAAAAUGUAAAUAACAUACGGGACACAGAAUUAAACACAUUUGCAUAAUGCAUACGAGUGCUGCAUCAAUAAUGUAGAUAAUGCAAAGUUUUCAUUUAGUUGUUUUUAAUCGGGUUUUUUUUGUAUUUUAUUGUUAGAUUGUUAUAAUUCAUGCUAUUAUCUGUGUGAACGCAUUUGUUGAUGCAGCUCUUGUAUGGGACCUCAUUAGCUUGUGCAAGUGUAUUUAAUUUUGCCCGCGAGUGUAUUUGAAAGCUGUAAUCCAUGUGAAAUGAGGAAGAGAAGGAAAUGAGCUGCUCAAUGACAAUAUGAGCGAGAUUGCUUUCGGUCACAUUGCAAGACUGGUUGACUGAAAAUCAUCGCGACUCAUAUAAAGUUCUGAAUUGAUCUGUUACAUUUCUUUCCAAAAGUAAUAUUGCGAUUUCUUAUAUUGUGUCAGAUGGGUGGGUGAUUGACAGAUGGAAUGUGUUCCACGUUUAGAUAUUUUGAAGCCAAACACUGAUGAUAAAAAGAACCAGUUGUGUGAGUCGCCUUUAUCAAAGCAUAAUUCAAAACACCGUAUACAUUUUUUUUAUAGGAGCACAAAACAUUGUGUACCUCUCAUUAUGAGCAAUAACACGCAUCCCAUAUUUAGCAUUAUUGAGUUCUUCAUGGUGUUCAUGGAGAGCGGAUUAUGUCAAAGCAAUAUUUAAUAUAUGGAAGCAAAGAAGGGAUAUUGUUGUGAAAAAAUGCUUAGCUGCAUUUUACCUCUGGUCACUUUGUAUAAAGUGCCUUUAGGGAGGUUUUUUUUUAGUUCCUUCUCUUUUAUGAUUUUAGUUGUUUUGAAUAAAAGUCAUCAAAAGGUGA